UAAUUCAGGCAUCUUCAGAUCUGAACCUAACUGAGUCUUUGGCCACUGAUACCGCAGACAGACCAGAAGAGAUUCUCGAGGAAAGGAGGAGCCUGACCAAAGAAAAAAUGAAGAGAGAAAUGGUGACUGGUGUAGACCAGGGCAUCAUCAUGCAAGGUUGGCUGUUUAAAGAAGUACAGCACAAUGUGAAGACACCUUGGCUAAGGAUUCGGAAACAUUGGUUUGUGCUGACACAGGAUUCACUGGAUUAUUACACCAACAAUGAACUGAAUGCAAAGCAACUUGGCAUGUUGGUCCUGACCAGUCUAUGCUCUGUACUCUGGCCUGAUAAGGGCACGUACAAGGGAACAGGCUACUGGAACAUCACAGUGUAUGGACGGAAACAUCACUACCAACUGUUCACAAAGCACCUGAACCAGUGCAUUCAGUGGGCCUGUGCUAUCCAGAAUGUCAUCAAUUGUAAAGCUCCUGUGGAGACACCAACACUGCUCCUAAUUCAGGACAUUGAGGAGAACUGCACAAAUUCUGAAGUCCUGGAAAAUAUUUACAAAUGGAAUCCUAUUCUCCAGCAUACUCAGAACCCACUUUACUCUCCUCUACUCCCGUUCCCCUAUGGAAUAGGGGCUCACCACCUCAAGAAUACUAAAGGCUAUACAACACUCCACGAUGAAGCUGUCAAAGUCUUCAAUUCAUUGCAGCAUCUAGAGACUGAACAAGAUCCUAUCCCCCUCAUUCAGGGUAUACUGCAAACCUGCCUUGAUCUGGAGCCUCUCCGUGAUGAAAUCUACUGUCAGCUGAUCAAGCAGACAAGCAACCCUCCACAUGUGGGAAGUAUCAGUGAUCUGCGAAAUUGGCAGCUGCUGACAUGCAUGAGUGUCACCUUCCUCCCCAGUACCACCGUUCUCAAAUACCUUCGGUUCCACAUUAAACGGUCACAGGACCAGUUUCCAAAGACUGAAGUAUAUAAAUAUGCAGAAUUCAUUGCAAAUUCGUUAGUCAGGACCAAAUGCAGGAAAUGUGUACCAUCUUGUGAAGAAAUUCUGGUCUUGAUGCGGCGAGAGGAAAUGAGUUGCAUCAUUCACUAUGCUGGCUCCAAAUUUUGCAAGGUCACCAUUAAUUCACAUUCAACAGCUGGAGAGGUUGUGAACAGUUUGCUGGUGACACUUGGUUUGGGACAUAGUCAAAAUCAGUUUGCUCUCUUUGAACAGAAUUUAACUGAUUGGUGGCUCGUGGCAGAUGACACUGUUGUAGCAGAUAUUAUAACCAGGUUUGAAAAUCUUGCUAUAAAUAUGGAAGAGCCAGAAAACCAGUGGAAGCUUUAUUUUAAACUGUACUGUUUCCUGGAUUCGAGCAAUAUUCCAAAGAAUAACUUGGAAUUCACUCUUCUGUUUGAACAGGAUGGAAAUGUCGAAUACCAGGGGUAUAGGUUUAAGGCCCAUGAGAUGGUAACCAAAAGCUAUUUCCCUGCAUCCGAAGAAACUCUUCUGGCCCUGGCUGCCUUGAGACUGCAGUUUACAAUCCGUGAUUUCACCACACAUGUGCCACUGCCUAAACUUCAGGAGUUAUUUCCUGUGCAUGUUCUCAAGGCACGGGUCCAGCAAUCUGUGAAAGCUUUACUUUCCACAAAUAAUAAGGGUCUGAGUCACUUACUGCCAGGAGCCCUGGCAAGCAGCCUGUGGGGCAGCACAACCCAGAAACAGAAACUCGAGGAAGAACAACUAUUGAAAGUACGGCUGAAAGAGGAGGCAGCAGCAUUAAUGGCCACAAUCGUUGAACAAUGGAAGCAGCUUCCAGGAAUGACCCAACUGGAAGCUAUGACAACAUACCUCAGCAUAGUGAGGGAAUGGUCUGGAUAUGGAGCUACCCUGUUCGAAGUAGGGGCAUUUAUGAAUUCGACAGUGAGUGUGGAUCAGAUGCUGUGGCUGGCAGUAGGAGCAAAGGGUCUUGCUCUCUACAAACAAGGAGAUGUGGAGUCUAUGGAGAGUUUUGAUUAUCAGCAGAUUUUAUCAUUUGAAGUGACAGACAGGAACACCUUCAAAAUUUCUCUGAGGAGAAAGGACUUGCUAUUUGAGUCCUGCAAGGUCCAAGAGAUUGUUCAGUUGAUUAAAAUUUACAGCGCCAAUCACUUCAAAACACAGGCUCGAUCUGAUCAUCGAAGUAGACCAAUCAUAACAGGUUGCAACUCUAUUAUGUAAACCCAAAGAGCUCAAGGACUGCUGAUAACAGAAGAAAACACAAACGUGUUGGAAAUGCUCAGCAGUCAGACAGUAUCACGAGAGGUCAUUGACCUGAAAUGUUAACUUUUUGUUUCUCUCUACAAAUGGUGUUUGAUCUACUGAGCAUUUGUUGUUUUUGUCAAAUUUCCAGCAUUCAUAGUAUUCUGCUCUUCUGUCGCUAGGAUAUGAAGUAACCAGUCUGGAAACAUUUGGUUACUGUGCAGUUCUGCUGCUCAACACAGACAGAGUUUAAGCAGUAUACAGGAAACAGUGUACCAAAUCCUCAAGAAUCAGGAGGAAAUUUAUUGUAUCAACUUUUAUAAUUCUGAAGCUGCAAUGAAACAGCAUCAACUAAAAUUUAUCAAACUCAUUGUUUAAAGCUGCUGGCAGCUUUGGUUUUACACAGGGACUUCCAUAUUGAAUCUUAAACUCACUAUGCAAUGAAAAUGAUUUUUUUUUUAUUUAACUGUAUAUUGCAUGUUCCCUCUUUACUGAAAUGUACUGCACUAUACUGUAUAGAUGAAUUUGUGCAAUAUGUAAAAACUAUCAGAAUUAAAA